AUGACUACCGAAACAGAGACUAUCACCAACUCGAUGACCUCCCAGAAUCUGGAAAGCGUCAAUGGGAUAGAUUCGCUGGAUGAUUUAAAUGUAUCUAUGGAAAAACUUCAGGCUAAGCCCCUAUGGAAACAAAUGGCUAAACUGAACCCACCUCUGCCAAACCCUAGCUGUGUGCCACACAUCUGGCGUUAUGACCUGAUCCGACCCAGUUUAUUGAAAGCCGGUGAGCUGGUUAGUGAAAGCCAGGCAGAGCGGAGGGUAUUGAUGUUGGUGAAUCCUGCUCGAGAUGCCCCCUAUACCACCGAUACCCUCUAUGCGGGACUACAGCUCGUGAUGCCCAACGAGGUAGCAAGAGCCCAUCGGCACACCGCAUUCGCCAUGAGGUUCAUCAUCGAAGGCCAUGGAGGUUUUACUGCGCAUUAUCAGCAACUACGAUACCCGGCCGACGACGUGGAUUCUAACACAUCCCCCAUUGUGUUCCCUUGGGCGAAGAUGAAACAGGCUCUUGACGAGACUCCGGGGAACUGGGCAUCCAAAGACUACUUGAAGAGCGACGGGCGACAGGUCUCCAAAGUCCUAGGCGGAUCCGUCGAGAGGCUCGACGCAGGAACAAGCUCACCAGGAUUCCGAGAAACAGCAUCAUCAGUCUACCAUGUUGUGUCAGGGCGGGGAUAUUCUAUCAUUGGAGAGAACCGCAUUACCUGGGGACCAGGGGAUACUUUUUGCAUUCCCUCCUGGCAGCGAUAUCAGCAUUUUACAGACCUAGAAGGAAAAGGAGAGCCAGUUUAUCUGUAUCGCUUCCACGACAAACCGAUGCUAAACGCGCUAGGAUUCUACCGUCUGGAUGGUGUCGAUGUCGAAACUUUGGUGUCUGAUUGAGAUAAGCAAGUUUAAGCGGGAGUACAGACAUCCGGACGGCAGGACAUCACCACGGACGAUUCCAUUUGUAAUUAGGUGAAUGACUUAUUUAUCUGUAUAAGAUUGUAGUCUAUCUCUACAGUGACGGAAACAGGUCAUAAAAGGAG